AUAUAAUGCAUUUCUCUAAGCUUCACUGGCAAAGUUUUCAAAUACUAGUAACAGGGCAUCUUGGCGCUAGGGUUCAGCAUUUUCCUCCUUGUCUACGAACUUGCCGUCCUUUAGGAUUUAGGGCUUUCAGUCUACAAAUUCUGGAAAUAUUUUGGCCCGGGUUUUUAGUAUACAUUCACCUGAUCAUCAAGAGCAUAUUUCAAAUCACAUAUUCCUUUCCAUCUAGUAUUUCAAUCCACAAGAAUGGCUGCAACAACUGCAUCAAAGGGAUCAUUAAAAACUGAGAGUUAUGUCGACAACAAACGAAAGGAUGACAUUCGCUAUGCCAAUAUUGUUGCUGCUCGAGCAGUUGCAGAUGCUGUUCGCACAAGCUUGGGACCCAAGGGCAUGGACAAGAUGCUUGCUACUGCCUCUGGUGAAGUCAUCAUAACCAAUGAUGGGGCCACCAUUCUCAAUAAAAUGGAGGUUCUUCAGCCUGCUGCGAAAAUGCUAGUUGAUCUCUCGAAAUCACAGGACAUAGUGGCUGGUGACGGAACCACCACUGUGGUGAUUAUUGCUGGUGCCCUUCUCAAGCAAUGCCUUGCUCUGUUGAGCAAAGGUAUUCACCCUACUGUUAUUUCAGAUGCUCUUCAUAAGGCCUCUGAGAAGGCGGUUGAAGUGCUUUCAGCCAUGGCUGUUCCCCUCGAGCUCUCUGACAGAGAUUCCCUUAUAAAGAGUGCGAGCACCUCUCUAAAUAGCAAGGUGGUGAGCCAGUACUCGACACUUCUUGCCCCACUGGCUGUGGACUCAGUCCUUGCAGUUGUGGAUCCUGCAAAGCCUGACCUUGUUGAUCUUAGAGAUGUUCGUAUAGUGAAGAAGCUUGGGGGGACAGUUGAUGACACUGAGCUUGUUCGAGGGCUCGUCUUCGAUAAGAAGGUGAGCCAUACAGCUGGUGGGCCCUCUCGUGUAGAAAAUGCAAAGAUUGGGGUGAUUCAAUUCCAUAUUUCUCCCCCCAAAACUGAUAUUGAUCAGAACAUUAUAGUAUCGGAUUACACCCAAAUGGAUCGGAUCCUCAAAGAAGAGAGAAACCACAUAUUGGCUAUGAUCAAGAAGAUCAAGGCUACAGGGUGCAAUGUGCUUUUGAUUCAAAAGAGCAUAUUGAGAGAUGCUGUUACUGACCUCUCACUCCACUAUCUUGCUAAGGCGAAGAUUCUAGUGGUGAAGGAUAUUGAGAGGGAUGAUAUUGAGUUCAUAACCAAUACCUUGAAUUGCUUGCCCAUUGCAAAUAUUGAGCAUUUCCGAGAAGAAAAGUUGGGUUUUGCUUCUUGUGUUGAGGAGGUUUCGAUCGGGGAUGGGAAGAUUGUCAAGAUAACAGGGAUCAAGAACAUGGGUAGAACUGCAACUGUGCUUGUAAGGGGUUCCAACCAGUUGGUUUUGGAUGAGGCUGAGAGAAGCUUGCAUGAUGCACUUUGCGUGGUGAGAUGCCUUGUGAACAAGAGGUUUUUGAUAGCUGGAGGUGGGGCCCCUGAAAUUGAGAUAUCAAGGCAACUUGGUGCAUGGGCAAAAGUUUUGCAAGGGAUGGAGAGUUAUUGUGUCCGUUCUUUUGCUGAGGCGCUUGAGGUUAUUCCAUAUACUCUGGCUGAGAACGCAGGGUUGAACCCAAUAAGCAUCGUCACUGAGCUUAGGAAUCGUCAUGCACAAGGGGAGAUAAAUGCUGGAAUCAAUGUGAGGAAGGGGCAGAUCACCAACAUUCUUGAGGAGAACGUGGUGCAGCCGCUGCUGGUGAGUACUAGUGCAAUUUCAUUGGCAACUGAGUGUGUCAGAAUGAUUCUGAAGAUCGAUGACAUUAUAACUGUGAGGUAAUUUGUUUGAUCUGGUACUGUUAUAAGAAAAGGUAGUUUGAUCUAGAUGAUCAAGAUGGUCUAUUUGGGGGGCACUCAAUUCUGUUCUUGUUUGAGUGUUUUUUUUUUGUAACUUUGUUUUGACUAGAGGAAGUGUAGGUAUCUAUUUGGGGGCGCCUAUUCUGUUUUUGUUUGAGUUUACCACAUUUUCUUGUCUUUUUGAAUCAAAGAACUUGGAUUCCUGUUUUGCUUUCUGUUUUGAGUGAAUGGUGUACAAGCUUUGUUGUUUGCACUUUCAUGAA